AUGGUGCGACACCUCUUACUAUUUUUCAUACUUCUAAUAACAGAAGGUAUUUCUAAGGAGAAGAUUGUAAGGGCUCGUAGAGCUUUUACAACAAAGAGGGCUUUAAAUUAUGAUAAGGGGGGAAAUAAAAAAAGCUAUAAAAUGUAUUACAUAAGGAGUUGUAAAAACAACAAUGUGAAAUAUAGAAUAAUUGAAAGAAAAAAGAAAAAUGGAAAAAUACAUAUAAGAAUUUAUGGUAAGGAUCAUAGAAACCCAUAUUUAGCACAUGAGUAUGCAAAUAAAAUAAUUGAAAAUAAAAAAUAUGAAGUGGGUAAAUUACUAGAAGAAAAUUUCGAAGAAAAUAAUCCAUUACAAAUACGAAUGAAGUAUUUGCAACAUACAAUGAAUAACAAAUUGUCAGAAUGUUUAAAAAGGAAGAGCACUGAUGAAAAACAUAGACUGUCAGUAGUAGCAGACAUAAAAAGAAAAAUAUUUUGUAGUGUUACGAGAAAAAAUAGUGGUUUAACAAACGAACUAGGUGUAGGAGAAAUAACGGGGGAAGGAAAUGAAAAAGGAAAAGAUAAUUUUGAUAAAAAUAUAAAUUAUGUUUAUCAAAAUAAUUUUCUUAAUUUAGCUAAUCCUGGUCAGGUAAGUUUAAUGUUACAUCAAAUAGGUUUUGAUGUAUUAAUAGUUAAUAUUGAUAAUUUAUCAACAGAAGGAAUGUUAAAUGAUUUAAGUGAAGUUAUUAAAAGUACAAGAAUAUUAUCUAGAAAUACUAGACCAGCAAUAGUAGUUGAUGAUGUAAUAAUUCAUCCUAUUCAAAUUGCAUUGGCAGUUGAAAAUAAAGCAGAUGGAGUAAUUUUAAAUCUUUCUUAUUUAAAAAAUGAUCUUGAAGACAUGUUAAAUUAUUGUGUUAAUUUAGGUACCCAAGCUAUUGUUGAAGUACAUGAUUACAAUGAUAUAUAUUAUGCUACGCAAUGUGGGAGUUAUAUUCUUAUGAUAAAUGAGUUUGACUUUUUUAAUAAUCAUUAUGAAUAUAAUCAUGCAAUAAAGGCUAUAAGUUAUGCGAUUCCUGAACUAAUUACUAUUGCUAAAAUUAAUGUGAAUGAUAUAAGUUAUGUAGAAAAAUUAGGUAGUUUAGGUUAUGAUAGUAUAUGUCUAGAAAAAAAGCUAAUCGAUAAUGAUUUAGAAGAUUUUGUUCAUGCAUGUAAGAGCUGGAAUGCUCCUCACAAAACCUUACUAUAUUUGAAUAGAAAUAAUUAUUUAAAGGAAUUCCUUACCUAUAAAAAUGAUGUACCAGGGGAGGAAAAUCAUAAAGAUAUUACAGAUAACUUAAAAAAAAUGUAUGAUGAUAAGAAUAUACCGAAUAACUAUUCAAACAAGCUUUUAAAAAAUUAUGAGAAAGAUUUUAUUGAUGUUGAGGAAGAUGGUGAAAAUGGGGAAGGAAAUAAUCAAAAAAAAGGUGAUGAUAAAAAGGAAAUCGAAAAACAGGCAAAGGAUAGUAUACUAACCAGUGAUGAAAAGCAAAUUGUUAAAAAUUUUAAGAAAGAAAAGAAGAAGGAACUAAUUCUUUUGAAUCAAAUGAAAGAAAUUGUAAAAGAAGUGGAUGAACAGUGUAAAAAUUAUGACUCUCUUUCAGAUGAUGAAAAUAAAAAAAAAGAGAAAAAGUUAGAAACACUUUUAGAAAAUUUUACAAAGUUAGACAGAAAUUUCUUAAGAGGCUUUUUUUCAGACGAAGAGAUAAGUAAUAUUGAGAAUACCAUUAAGAACGCUAUACAACAAAAGAAUAAAAUAAAAAAUGGAGAGGAAAAUUUCGAUAAUAAAGAUUUUACAAAUAAUAUGAACAGUAUUCAAAAUAACGGAGUAGACGAUCUUGAUAUUCAUAAAACAACGAAAGAGUUUUUUGAUAAGAAAAAUUUGGAAAACAAUAAUCUAUUUGAUAACAAUUCUUCAGACGAUUUUUCAGAUGACACUUCUUCCAGGGGGGUAAAUUCGCAGUAG